GAAAAAAUUGAUAAAAAGAUGAAAAUAAUGCUAAAUGGAAGUAUUACUCUUAUGUUGUGCCCUGGAUUUCCGACUCUUUCUAAUCCUAUUCCUCUUACCAUAAUAAAAUACCCACUUUAUUCAAUUGUUUUUUGUACCCUAUUGUGUUUCGUCAAUCCACCUGAGUGUUUGAUUCUUUACCAAUUUUAGGCUAUUCUAUCAUCGAUCUGUAAUACCCAGAAGUUUGUUCCCUGAAAUCUCUAAGAAUUUUGACUAUACAACACUCAAUAAAACAAAGAAAAGACAGAAAACGCCGGAAAAAGUGCACUUUUCAGUAGCAAAAUAAAGAUGAUGGGAUGAUCUGGUGUUGAGAAAAGCUUCGAAAGUGGGAAAUGGCGAGGAUAGAAUGGGGGACUCAAGCAAGAGCUAAAUGGGGUUGUUCUUAUAAAAAGACAACUCUUAUUGUUUGCUCAAUCAAUAUUGUUAUUGCUCUCUUUGUUCUUCGUUGUCUUUACACUUCUGUAUAUGUCUACUCCAAUAACAACUCUUCACAAGACAAUGUUAAAUACACCCCAGAUCAGUUAAGAAAAAUGGAGGAAUCGAUUCGAAGUAGGAAAGCAUCAGAACCUAAACAGCUAGUCAAAGUGGUAGAAAAUUUUACAGCAGAAUUAGCUGAAAAGAAGAGGACUGUGAAUUUACCCUUACAUUUGAAGCAAAUAAUUAGAGUUGAAAUCUUGCAACGGCUCAAAACAUUACCUGCAAAUACAAAUGCGACUGAGCAACAAGAAGCAGUUGAAAGCUGGCGAAAAACAAAACUGCAUGAAGCAAAACGUCUUAUGCUUGGGGAUAAGAACUUAACCUUGGAAAUUUCACUUGAUGAUGCUGCAUUGCUCAUUGAAGUAAUGGAAUCAAAAUGGUCUUUGCUUAUGGAAAUCAUUGGGCUUUGGAUACCAUCUGUAAUCAUCCACAAGGAGCAUGAUGAUAAGCCUUUAGGCCUAGAUGCACUUGAAGAAGACCCUUUACCAGGAAGGCCAGUUCCUCACGAGUGUCACGCCGAGCUUCAUACAGAUUAUGGUGGGGCUGCAGUUAGAUGGGGUCUAACUCAUCACAAAGAGAGUGCAGCGGAUUGUUGCCAAGCUUGCUUGGAUCAGGCAAGACGCGCCAAGCCUGGUGAUAUGAGAUGCAAUAUAUGGGUUUAUUGCCCAUCGGAAACAGGAUGUUAUUCUCCAGACAUUUAUGAACAUAAGCAUCAAGAGUGUUGGCUUAAAUAUUCACAACAGCCCAAGUUAAAUUUCAAGGACAAGUAUUCCGAAUCAUAUCGAGCCUCUCACCCGGGUGCACCUUUGGUUGUCCCGUGGGUUUCUGGAGUCGUGACAGUCUAAGAUCGGAGGCUGCAUUUUAAUCAGAAUAUAGAGCAUCCAAUGCUGAUCUGCUGAAAAUUUAGCUUCCAUCAUUGGUUUGAACGAGAAACUUGGAAUGAACAAGAGUAUCCGGGCUGUUUGUUCAAUAGUUUGCAAGUUGCCUUUUGUCAACACGUAGGACGUAGCUUAAUGGUUUACGGUGCUGGUUUGCUGAAUUUAAGGCAUGGCAGCCAUCCAAGAGGGGCGGGGUGUUCAAUUUAACUUCAUAUUGUUCAUUGUGAAUGAUUUGCAAGAAAUAUUUUUUUCACGAUCUAAUGGGGAGUUUUUGCAUUUUGAUUCCUUUCUUCAUUUUGAAUACAUUUGUAAGAAUAUUAUUUCAUGAUUUAACGGUUAAUUUUUAGCACAUUUUAGCAAAGAAAUGCAUUCUUGUAUUUUCUAA